CAGCGAGAGGCCUCCUCUUAAACCCUGCAAAAUCUCUUCUUUUCUCCUCAACCCUAGACCUUCGCCCUGCUCCCCUCUAAUGGCCGUGACCCCCCGCCCGCCUCCGCCGCCGCCGGCGCCGCCGUCUCGGGUGAGCGCGGCCACCGUCGAGAGAGCCGUGCAGGCCCUGCUGAAGUGGAGGGACGCCAAGUCCAAGACCCAGAAGGCGUCCCUCCUGGAGCCCGACGACUUCGUGUACCUCAUCCUGACCCUCAAGAAGAUCCCCGCCGCCGCCCGCACCAACCCUUUCAAGAUCCCCCUCCCCCACCCGCCGCUUGACCCGGCGGCCGCCGAGGCCUGCCUCAUCAUCGACGACCGCCCCAAGUCGGGCCUCACCAAGGACGCCGCCCAGAAGAAGAUCAAGGCCGACGGCGUCCCCGUCGCCAAGGUCCUCAAGCUCUCCAAGCUCCGCACCAACUACCGCCCCUUCGAGGCCAAGCGGAAGCUGUGCGACUCCUACGACUUGUUCUUGGCCGACCGGCGGGUCGUCGGCAUGCUCCCGCGGCUGCUGGGGAAGCAGUUCUUCAGGAAGAGGAAGAUCCCCGUGGGCGUGGAUCUGAGGCACAAGAGCUGGAAGGAGCAGGUGGAGAGGGUCUGCUCGUCGGCCCUGUUGUUCGUGGGGACGGGGACUUGCAGCGUCUUGAAGGUCGGGAGGGUCUCGAUGGGGAAGGAGGAGAUCGCUGCGAACGUGGCCGCGGCGCUCGAGGGGGUUGCCGAGGCCGUGCCGCGGAAGUGGCGGAACGUGAGGUCUUUCCAUUUGAAGCUGCUGGACAGCCUGGCUCUGCCCAUUUAUCAGGCGUUGCCGGAUGUGAAGCUGAAGAUCGAAGGGCGUAAGGAUACGGAGGAGGUGGAGGCAGAGGCGGAGGAGGGAAAGGAAGGGAACGAGGUCAAGGAGGAAGGAAAGGGAAGCAAGAGCGCGGGGAAGAAGAAGGGCACGAAGAAAGGGCGGAUUCACGAGGUGAGAUAUAUGGAUACCAAUAUGCAUUCGUUGAUGGAUGAGGACGAUGAAGAAGUCGAUGAUGUUGACAUGGAUGGAGUUUUGGAGAGCGAUGAUGAUGAGGACGAUGAGAUAGAUGGUGGCAAAAUUAAGGGGAAGAAGGCAAAGCUUAAGAAGGGAGGAGACGUUCUUGAAUUGGGUGGCGAGAAAAUUUCGAAGAAGUUGGUGAAAUCGAAGAAAGGAGGAGAAAAGAAGACAAAAACCACUCUAUCCAGUGACUCAAAGAAAGGGGACGGUGUUAAGAAGACAAAGAAGAGUGAUUUAACAGUAACAGAAGGGGAAGUAUCCAAAGGCAAGAAGGAGAAGAAGAGGAAGAUUAAGGUUUGAUGAAGGAAAAAGAGAGAGCUGGACAUUGAUUUCAGGGUAUCUGGAUGAGAUGGAAUAGGCUUUUGACGUGCCGAUCACUGCUCCCUCGAAUCCUAGUGAGGUUGAGUAUGUAUGCCUUUCGAAAAGUUUUGGCUUAACUUAUGGAUUAUAUAUUGAGUGAGUCUUAUGGUGCUAGUGAUUAAUGACAUGUAUUGCCUGAUCACUUGCCCUGUCUCUUGAUUGUCACCUUGUACCUCACAGAAUGGUUACUGACCGUCAAUUUUGUUCUGCUUGCUUCAAUA